AUGUCUUCAUCCAUACGUGUAUACUAUGAGGCCUUCCACGAGGAUGAGACCAUGUCAACAUGCAUGGGUCGCGUCAAUAUCCCUACUGCGAUCAUCCAAUUUCCUGCUGAGCUUGCAAAGAGACUGGCGGAAACGAGUGUAAACUUACAACAGUAUAAUGAACCGGAUGUGGGAGGCCACUUUCCGGCCUUGGAGACAGAUCAAUUACUAUUGGAUGAUCUUCAGCGCUUUGGGAAACUGUUAAGAACCAAAAAGUGGAUCAACUGA